CAUACACUGUCGUUCACUUACACCGCCGCCGCCAACAGCAGCUCGUCUUGAGGCAUGCUUCGCGUCUUCCGGCCAGUAUGCCGGCAAUGCGCAAGCAAGACCCUCGCGAGUCCAUCUCGUUUCGGAGCAGACCAGCAACUCCGACAAAGUAGCACGCGAGCAUUUUUCCCACCACGCCACACGCGACCACGAUCAUUACCGCUCUCCUCUCCCGUUCUUCGACGCUUCCAAGGCCAAUUUACGCACGCGAAGCCUCCCUCGCCCGCUGACCUCGGCGCACCGAAGCAAGCGAAACAGUAUCGCAAGAGCCGCAAAUGGCUCCGUCGCCUGAUCAGGACCUCUCUCGCAGUGGCCGUGGUGCUAGGUAUCGACACACAGUUCUAUGAUGCCUGUCUUACUCGCAGCGUUCGGACGUUCUCCAUUGGUCUGCUUAUUGCUCUCGACUAUAAGCUCAACUUUCGCGCCGACCCAUGGAUUGGCGACAGCGUUGAAGAUUUACACCACCGGAGUGCAGUACGAGUGUUCGAACUGCUUCGUGCCAAUGGAGGGCUAUACCUGAAGAUCGGGCAGGCCAUUGCCAUGCAGAGUGCUGUGCUGCCACCGGAGUUUCAAAAAAUGUUCGCGAGGAUGUUCGAUGAUGCGCCGCAGAACGAUUGGAAAGAGGUCGAGAAGGUCAUUCGAGAGGACUUUGGCAAGAGUGUGGAAGAAGUUUUCGGCGUCAGCUUCACGGGAGAGCCAGGGAAGGGGAUUAUGGAGAGGACGGCGAGAGCGUCUGCGAGUGUGGCCCAGGUACAUUGGGCACGCCUGCCAGAUGGGCGAGAGGUCGCAGUCAAGGUACAGAAGAAGGAGAUUGCCAGACAAGUGGGAUGGGACUUGUGGGCCUUCCGGGUUGUGAGCAGAAUCUACUCGUACUGGUUCGAUCUGCCUCUAUACCACCUCGUGCCAUACGUCUGCGACAGACUUCUGGCAGAGUGCAACUUCGAGUAUGAGGCUGAGAACGCCCGACAAAUGCGCAGACUCAUCCAAGGUGAACCGCGACUGCGGGAUCGCGUCUACAUUCCUGACGCCUAUCCUGAAUUGACUUCCCGCCGCGUCAUGACCGCCGAGUGGAUUGAGGGCAUCCGUCUCUGGGAUAAGGAAGGCAUCACUGGAAGUUGGCAAGGCGGCUGGCGUCGAGGCUCUCCAGGUGCAGGUGGCAGUCAGCUUCCUCCUGUUCCUCAGACGCUGCACCAAUCCAUCCCAACCAACAACCCGAAUGACGAAAAGCUUAAGCCCACUCGCGACGAAUGGCGAGGUACAGACAAAAAGGGAGGCCUCGGACUCGCCUUGAGACCAGUCAUGCAGACAAUGGUCGAUCUCUUCAGCGCCCAGAUGUUCCUCUGGGGCCUCGUCCACUGCGAUCCCCAUCCUGGCAACAUCUUCAUUCGUCGAAAGCCCAACGGCAAGCCCGAACUCGUUCUUAUCGAUCACGGGUUAUACAUCAAAAUGAACCCCAAUUUCCGCAAGCAGUAUGCGCUUUUCUGGCGUUCACUCAUGACCUUUGAUGACAAGACCAUCAAACGAAUCACGAGCGAGGAAUGGGGUAUCAACGCGCCUGACAUCUUCGCAAGUGCCACUCUCAUGAAACCGUAUGAAGGUGGCGGCAAUAAAGUCAUGAAAGAACUGCAGUCCAUGUCCAAGAAGGAACAGAAGGAGCGGCAAUUCGAAAUGCAGCAACACAUGCGGAAAGGCAUUCGAGACAUACUUGCGAACCAGGACAAAUUCCCGCAAGAACUGAUCUUUAUUGGUCGAAAUUUGCGCAUCGUGCAAGGCAAUAAUCAGUUCCUCGGAAGUCCGGUCAAUCGUAUCAAAAUCACUGGAUACUGGGCCAGUCGUGCCCUGACUGAAGAUCGAGACGCGACACUUGGACAUCGCUGGGCUGAGUAUGGGAGACAUUUGUUGUUCAAUGUCGUCCUGCUGAGUACGGAUUUGUGGUUCUACUAUGCGAAGUUCAGGCAGUUCCUGGGACUGGGCAGGGGAAUGGACGAUGAUAUUGAGCAGAGUAUGAAAAAGAUGGCUGAAGGGAUGGGUGUGGAGUUGCAGCAUGGAGUGUUUGACGGGUGAGGUCGUCCGGUUUUCGCAUCUGUGGUGACGAUGUGUACGACGAAUACGACGAAAGGGGAGAGGCGAGAGCGAGCAAGCGCUCGAUGUAUGGUUCUUGUCGAUGGUUCAGGUUUGAGCAUUUCCGUCCAGAGCGUGAUCUGAUAGAUGUACAGAGGUAGACGAAGACGUCGGAAUACAGGACCAGCUUAUUAUUCACAUCUGUCCUUUGCCCUGCUGUCUGUUCAAACAUUCCACUUGCAAAGGCACCCGCGUAUCGUAUCCGAGCUGGCGGGCUUGGUACUGCCGUACAGAAUCGUCAUUUCCGGAGAAGUGACAGCCUACCAAUGAGUCUAGAUCAGAAUCUCAUGGUUCCACGCGAUUUCCGAGAUGUUGCCGGACGCCCCAAUAUUCGAUAUGUCUUGCCUCAAAGUGCGGCUUCCCAGACCAUCGUCCGCGACUGUGAACUCGAUAUCAC